GACUUUGACUCCUACAUCAUCUCAUCCACCAAUCACACUAUCAUUUGGUUUAUUCCAACAAUCGACUCUUGUUCAUCUAUAGAUACCGCCCAUUCUUUGAAUUAUUUGGCAGCCUCGGUUCCACGUCGAUGCGCCGCUCACUGGUUCGACUGCGAUCCUUGUUCCGACGGCCGUCGACCCCAGUCUCGAUCGCUGUUGGCUACCCUUCGCACCUCCCCUCGGUUCGAUCCUUCUCAUCCUCCUGCUCCCUUCAAAGCCUCGAAAUGGAGACCGUCGACACCUCAAAGCGCCUGUCGCAGUUGCGGGACCUGAUGCGAAAGCACGAGCUAGAUGUGUACAUUGUUCCUUCAGAGGACAGCCAUCAAUCAGAGUACAUCGCCCCCUGCGAUGCAAGAAGAGAAUACAUUUGUGGCUUCAGUGGCUCGGCUGGAACGGCAGUCAUCACUCUCGACAAGGCUGCUUUGGCUACCGAUGGGCGGUAUUUCAACCAAGCGGCGAAGCAGCUCGACCACAACUGGUCCUUAUUGAAACAAGGUCUUGAAGAUGUGCCCACAUGGCAGGAAUGGACUACAGAGCAGGCCGAGGGAGGCAAGGUGGUUGGUGUCGACCCCACUGUCAUCACUGCUUCUGAUGCUCGGAAACUGAGUGAAACUCUAAAGAAGAAAUCACACGCAACUUUGGUGGGAGUUUCACAGAACCUGGUCGAUGCCAUAUGGUCCGAAAGACCAGCGCGGCCAGCCGAGCAGGUCAUGGUUCUCUCCGACAGGUAUGCCGGAAAAUCCUACCUGGACAAGCUGGACGAGUUGCGGAAAGAGUUGCAAAAGAAAAAGGCCGUUGGUAUGGUGGUCUCGAUGCUGGAUGAAGUGGCAUGGCUCUUCAACCUUCGUGGAAACGACAUCCCCUAUAACCCUGUCUUCUUCUCCUACGCCGCCGUCACCCCAACCUCCGCCACCCUCUAUGUUGAUUCAUCCAAGAUCUCAACAGAUGUCGAAGAACACCUGAGCAGCGUGGUUCAGAUCAAGCCCUAUGACGCCUUAUUCUCCGAUCUCACGGGCAUUGCUGAAGCAGCAGCUACUGAGGCAGAUCUAGAGCUCUCCAAAUCCCAUCCUCCCAAGCUCCUCCUAUCUAAUAAAUCGUCGUGGGCUCUGAGUCUCGGUUUGGGUGGCGAAGACAAAGUCGAGGAAUCUCGAAGUCCCAUCGCCGAUGCCAAAGCCAUCAAGAACCAAACCGAAUUGGAGGGCAUGCGACAGUGUCAUAUUCGAGACGGUGCGGCUCUGAUCGAAUUCUUCGCCUGGCUGGAAGAAGAACUCGUCGUCAAAGGUUCAUGGAUUGACGAGGUUCAAGCGGCUGACAAGCUGGAGGAAAUUCGGUCUCGAGGCCAACACUUCAAAGGCCUCUCAUUCCCAACUAUUUCUUCCACUGGUGCCAAUGCUGCUGUCAUUCAUUACUCCCCUGAGCGUGGCAACUGUUCUCUAGUCGAUCCCAAGGCGGUCUAUCUUUGCGACUCAGGUGCCCAAUACCUCGACGGCACGACUGACACCACCCGGACACUUCAUUUCACCAAUCCUACGGAGAUGGAGAUCAAAGCAUACACCUUGGUGUUGAAGGGUGUCAUCGGUCUCGAUCGAGUUGUAUUUCCCAAAGGUACUACCGGCUUUGCCAUUGACGCCUUUGCUCGACAGCAUCUGUGGAGGGAGGGCUUGGAUUAUCGACAUGGAACUGGGCAUGGAGUUGGCUCUUUCCUGAAUGUGCACGAAGGACCAAUCGGCAUCGGAACGCGCGCAGCAUACUCGGAGGUCUCCCUGAGCAUUGGCAAUGUCAUUUCGGAUGAACCAGGGUACUAUGAAGAUGGCAACUUCGGCAUUCGAAUUGAAAACAUGAUCAUGGCCCGGGAAGCAAAGACCAACCACAAGUUUGGCGACAAGCCGUGGAUUGGCUUCGAACACGUCACCCUGGUGCCCAUGUGUCGAAAGCUGAUUGAUCCAUCGUUGUUGGAUAAGGAUGAGAUUCAAUGGCUGAACGACUAUCACCAGGAGAUUUGGGAGAAGACGAAUAGCUUUUUCACAAAGGAUGACAGAACAACCAAGUGGUUGAAGCGAGAAACGGCCCCUAUCUGAUGAGAGUUGGUCAUCGUCUCCCUGACGUAUAACAGCGCACAAGAUACCAACAUCAACUGCCUAGAUUUAGAAGACCUGAAGAAUAGUUGCGCAUCCUCGUGCAAAUUUAUUUACAGGACUGUCUUCGUCCGUGACACCAUUGGAUACAAGAUUCGAGUAGAGAUGGCUGGAUGGUCAUAGGUGGACACGUGGUAACCCCAACUGGG